CUCAGAACGCCGAUCGCCACCAUCCCACCCUAAACCAGUCUCGCAUUCUCGCCGCCGCCGCCGCCGCCGCCACGCUCGCUCGCCGGUGGAUCCCCCGGCGGUCCUCGAGGUACGCGCCCGUGCCGGUCUACCUCCACCUCUCCGGCAGGGCGCCACGCUCUCUCGUCCGGCCGCGCAAAUUAAGGCGAGAUGGCGAUGGCUUCGUCGUCGGCGUACCCUCCGCCCCCUCCGUUUUACCGGCUGUACAAGGAUUUCGAGCAGGACCCCUCGUCUGCGCCGGAACCCCCACCGCCAAUCGAUGGGGCGUACCAACUCUUCGGCGCUACCUACACAACAGAUGUGGUGCUCCCAAGUCUGGAGGAUCAAGGUGUUCGGCAGCUCUAUCCAAAGGGCCCAGAUAUCGACUUCAAGAAGGAACUAAGGACACUCAACAGAGAGCUCCAACUCCAUAUCCUGGAACUAGCAGAUAUUCUAGUGGAGAGGCCGUCUCAAUAUGCUCGCAGGGUUGAAGAUAUUUCGCUCAUUUUCAAGAACCUGCACCAUCUUCUUAAUUCCCUACGACCACACCAGGCAAGAGCGACAUUGAUUCACCUUCUUGAGAACCAGAUACAGCGUCGUAAGCAAGCAAUUGAGGAUAUAAAGCAGAGGAGAGAGGAGGCACAGAGGCUACUUGGGGAGUCGCUGGUUAUUAUAGAUGGAAGCCAGCAGGUUAUGACUCCAAUGUGAAGGCCUCUGAGAAACUGGGUUUCUUGGUGCCAGGUUGGCUGGAUAAAGAUGAACGUUUUAGGUGGUGAAUGCAUUCCGCGGGUUGCCUGUAGAAAUAGCCUGGAUUAAGACAUUUCUGAGAUACUUCUAGCUUGUGAAGGUGGAUGUGUAUGUUGUGAACCUUCUAAGCACUGAAUAUGGUUAGCUCAAUGUUGGAUUACUUACAUUUUGUAAUGUUUACAAUCCUUGUUUCCAUUUUUUU